AUGGGAUGCCUGCAGGCACGUGUGAUGCUGGUGUCCGUGCUGCUGGUGGUGGCAGUCUGUUCGAUGCCGUUUACCACUAUGGGAGAGGUGACGAUGGUGGAGGAUUAUGCGGGCGCGUUUCACAUCAACACGAGCGAUCCAAUGAGCCAGCCCGUGUUUGUGAACGGCAUGAACGUGCACGAGACGCUCAGCACGCUGAUGAGCACCGUUUCGGCACAGCAGAGCAUCAAUGCUGCUCAGCAAAGCACGAUCGAUGCACAGCAGAGCGCAAUCGAUGCUCAGCAAACCCUGAACGCUGCGUUUUGUCACAGGGUUCAUGAAAGGACGUUUGGCCAGCUCGGCUCAACUGCGUACAAGUGGAUUGGCGGGGUGCUGACAAACAACGGCUUGGUCUAUGCCGCCCCGCACAACUCCCCUUCUGUCCUCAUUAUCGACCCCAGCACCAAUAGCAUUGACACGACCACAAUCUCCGGGAUGGGAACCGACAACUUCAAAUGGGCCGGCGCUGUACUGGCACACAACGGGCUCAUUUACAUGUUUCCUUCGCACAGGGAGACAAUGCUCAUCAUCGACCCCGACACCAACACCGUCGACACAUCAAGUAUCGAUUCGCUCGGCUCUGGUAUCAACAAGUGGUACAGUGGUGUUGUGGCUAGCAACGGCCUCGUCUUCGGCAUCCCAGCUUCUGCAACCUCCGUGCUGAUCAUCGACCCUGAGACCGACACAGCCGACCUCACCACGCUGUCUGGCGUGUUGAGUCAAGAAUAUAAGUGGUACGGUGGUGUGCAAGCAGACAACGGCCUCAUCUACUGCAUCCCACGUGCGACUUCUUCGAUCCUCAUCAUCAAUCCCGAGUCCCUGACGAUGGACGUCACCACCAUCAGCGGCCUGGACAGUAACGCCAAGUGGUAUGGUGGCGUGCUUGCCAGCAACGGGCUCAUCUACACCAUCCCAUUGCUAUCGGCAACCGCACUCGUCAUCGAUCCAGCCACGAACGCCACUGACGAGCUCGUCGUGGCCGAGCAAACAAGCUCUGGAAAGUGGGUCGGCGGCGUGCUUGCACCCAACGGCAACAUCAUCGGCAUCCCAUACAAAUCACACUCAGUUCUCAUCAUCGAUCCAACAACAAACGUCACUGAUACAACAACCAUCAGCGGUCUUGCCGGCGACAACAAGUGGUUCGAUGGCGUGCUCGGUCCAAACGGCCUCAUCUACGGCAUUCCGUCUUCCUCUGACGAAAGCACGACACGACAGUUGACCGAUGCAAUCUUCAAGAUCUUCAUGGCCCUCAGGGAGCGAGAACAAGGGGCGGGACAGUCCUCCUACAGUCGCCUGAGCCAGGACAGCAUCCACCUGUCCACAAGGAAGAACAAGAUGGCGCUGAUAAGGACAGCGAUGGGGGGCCUGCAGGCACACGUGAUGCUGCAGCUUUUCGUGUUGCUGGCGAUGAUGCCGUUCACCACCAGUGGAGAGGUGACGCUGAUGGAGGAUGAUGCGGGCGCGUUUCACAUCAACACCAGCGAUCCAAUGAGCCAGCCAGUGUUUGUGAACGGCGUGAAUGUGCACGAGACGCUCAGCACGCUGAUGAGCACCGUGUCGGCGCAGCAGAGCAUCAAUGCUGCGCUACAGAUUACUGUCUCCGCGCAGCAGAGGGCGAUUGAGGCGCAGCAGAACACCAUCGACCGUGUCCGUGGCGAAGUGUGCACCCCAAGUGCCACGACGUUUGGGCAGCUUGACUCACUGAGUGUGAAGUGGCUUGGAGGUGUGCUGGCGAACAACGGCCUGAUCUACGCGGCGCCGUUCAACUCCCCGUCCGUGCUCAUCAUCGACCCCAGCACCAACACCGUUGACACAACCACAAUCUCCGGACUUGGCACAGACAGCUACAAGUGGGCUGGUGCCGUGUUGGCACACAACGGCCUCAUCUACAUGCUUCCUUCAAAUAGGGAGACGAUGCUCAUCAUCGACCCAGACACCAACACCGCAGACACCUCGAGCAUCGAUUCACUUGGUGACGGUGAACGCAAGUGGUUUAGUGGCGUGGCAGCCAGCAACGGCCUCAUCUUCGGCAUACCCUACUUCGCCACCUCUGUGCUGAGCAUUGAUCCAGAGACCAAUACAGCCGGCGUCACCACGCUGUCAGGGCUGUCCAGCCAGGGUGACAAGUGGUUUGGCGGUGUGCAAGCAGACAAUGGCCUCAUCUACUGUAUUCCCACGACGGCCCCUUCCGUCCUCAUCAUCAAUCCAGAGUCCAUGACCAUGGACCUCACCACCAUCAGCGGCUUCGAUACAAGCGCCAAGUGGUAUGGUGGUGUGCUUGCAGGCAACGGCCUUAUCUAUGGCAUCCCAUACUUUAGUGCGACGACCCUCGUCCUCAACCCGACCACCAACACUGCAGACACCCUCGCCGUGCCCGAUUCCACGGGUUCAGGAAAGUGGGUCGGCGGCGUGCUUGCACCCAACGGCAACAUCAUCGGCAUCCCAUACAAAUCACCAUCAGUCUUCAUCUUCAAUCCAACCACAAACACCACCGACACGACGACAAUUCAAAACCUUAACGGGGAUGCCAAGUGGUACGGCGGCGUGCUCACUGACAAUGGCCUCGUCUACGCCAUCCCAUUUUACUCAGAGUCUGUUCUCGUCAUCGAUCCGGGAUGUUGA